AUGGAAGCCCAGGGAGAUCCGAUCCUCCUUGUCCGUGACAGCUUCAAGCGAUAUAUUGAGGCAGUGCUGCAGCACUUAACCGAGCUACAGAGGCGCUGGGAUCCAUGCGAGUCUGUUUUGCGCGGCAUGUGCAGAAGCUCCGGACAGCAGGUUGAGGAGCUGGCAGCACUCUGCAGAGAGUGUGGCCUGGCGUCUGCGAAGGCAGUAGUAGCUUGCGACCGUGUUCUUCGACGCGCCCAAGCAUGCGGUGUCCAGGAACGUGCCCCAAACUCAUGUCAAAGCAGAGCUGAAGACCAGCCGCCCACCACCAACAAGCAACAGGAGUUGCAGCAUCGUAUGGCGACCCUAUUGCAAUAUGCCUACCGCCGAUAUCGCCUGCGAUGCCAACGGAGAAAAUUGAGUGCCAGCAAGGCUCUUGGCGCUUUGCUCACUCGAUGGCAGAUGACCAAACUGCAAGAGAGUCUGCGCCAGUUUAGGCAUGCAGGAGACAGGAGACGUGCUGCAGCUGUCAUCGCGAGGGCUGCCCGAGGUUGGCUGGCUCAAAGAUGUGCUUGCCGAGCUGAACAGCUCUUCCAUGCUGUGCGCUCUGCUGAGAGGGUGCGGACCCUCAGGCUGAUGCGAAGAUAUUUCACAAGCUGGAUCUGGAAGCUGGACUUCAGCUGGCGGUGGGCGAAAAGAAAGGAAACUGUAAGCCUAGAAUCCGAUGACGUUCGUGACCACCAAUGUGACUUCUGGCAGCUCUUUCCCAGUGAGGGCAAGAAUGCAGUUGCCAAGGCCCAAUCAGCCUGGUUCAAGAAGCGCAUGGCGUGGCUGGCAUGGGUCAGGACCAUGUGCGAAGAGCUGAAAAUUCAGGGCCAGCGGCCGCACCAGCCACGGUAG